AUGGCGGCCGCUGCGGAUACCCGAGCAGAGCUGCAGAAGGAACUGGUCUGUGCGAUCUGUCUCGACUACUUCGACGAGCCGGUGAUUUUAAAAUGCGGCCACAACUUCUGCCGCAUGUGUAUUUUAAUGCACUGGGAGGAAAACGGAGGAGACGAUAUUGGUUACCAGUGUCCGGAGUGUCGCAUGGUAUUCGGCAAAAUGAGCUUCACCAAGAACUAUUUAGUGAAGAACCUGGUGGAUAAACUGAGCGAUUUUGAGUGUCUGAAGACGUGCAGGCCUCCCGCUCCCACCAAGCCGUCCAAGACGGACGGUAAAUGUGAGAGACACCACGAGGAGCUGAAACUCUACUGCCAUACGGACCGUAAGCCCAUCUGUGUGGUGUGCAGAGAGUCCCGGGAUCACAGACACCAUGAUGUUUCCCCCAUACCUGAAGUUGUUGAGGAUAUGAAGGGAAGCCUGAAGCUGCGGCUAAUCAAACUGAACUGGCAGAAGUCCAUGUGCGCCAGAGUCAGAGCUAUAGACGAACAAGCCAAAGCUGACGUCAAGCUGAAGAGGCAGGCUCUGAAGGAGAAGAUCGAGGACGAUGUAGGAGCGCUGGUGCAGUUUCUCCUGGAUGAGAAGGACCGGCUCUUGGACAGGCUGGAAGCCGAGGAGAUGGCUACGACAGCGCUGAUAGACGAGAACCUCAAGCUGGUCGAGAGCGAGGCGUCCAAAGUGGACAAAGCCAUUUCGGACAUUCAAAACCAGCUCAGCGAGGUCGCAAACUUCGAGACUAUUAGUAAAGCGUAUUUAAGUCUGUGCUUCUGUGUUCCUGUAUUCAGCCCGAGCCAUGUGAACCUGACUGUGCAGGCUGUGAACUGCCCCCCUGACUUUACAGAAUUCACCGGGCCCUUUCAGCUCAUCCUGUGGAAGAAGAUGAUGCACGUGCUACACACGAUGCCCCAAAAUCUGACCCUGGACCUGGACACGGCGCACCCGUCCCUAGCCAUCAGCGACUUCGACACGAAGGUGGAGGAGGGCCGAACGCGCUCUCACGAACCCGACCUGCCCGUCCGCUUCACGCGCUUCUUCGGCGUGCUGGCGACGGCGCAGUACUCGAGCGGCCAGCACUACUGGGAAGUGGACGUGCGAGACAAGGGCGUCUGGUACCUUGGAGUGACCACGGCGUGCAGCAACCGGAAGGGCUUCGUGAACUUGUCUCCGUCGGCCGGUUACUGGAGCCUGAGCCUGCACGACCGGCUCUACGCCAACGAGGAGGACGCGCGCGUGCCCGUCGCCGACUACUGGAGCUCACCCCGGGUCGGCGUCUUCCUGGAUUACGAGCGCGGCCACGUGGCUUUCUACGACGCCGUCACCAUGAAGCGCGUCUACAGCUUCGCCACGUAUUACGACGAGCCCAUCUCGCCCUUCUUCAGCCCAGGCAAGAACGACCCGGGCAGCCGCCUGCAGAUCUGCCACUAUUACUGAGACGAGGGGCACAUACAGGGGAAAUUUAAGUAUAUUUAGAAAUGUGAUGUUCCUGACAGGUGACGGUGGUCUCACUGAGGAAACAGCUUUACUGAGAACGGUUUUGUUUGGAGUGAUGUUACGAGAAUUCCCAGUGUAAGCUGAUUCCGCUAGAUUUGUUUCCUUAUGGAAAAGAAAGUGUAGAUGUUUUAAUGUGCAGUCACCAAGAUAGAUGCGCAGCUACGUUAUAUUGUGCAAGAGGUCCAAUACAAUUCCAUUUUAUAUUUCCGAAACGAGAACGAUUCCCGCUCAGGCGGCAGGCUGCAGAUUUGUCCCUCAAUAAUAAAUAAAAACUGUGUGGCUCAAUCCGAGCUUUUUCAUUCUGUUGAUGUGAAUUCUGGAGCGUAAUGCUCUCCUCUGAUCGACCUGUGUUAGCGUGACGUUCUCAUAGAUGCAUUAACGUAUUUCGGUUUAUGAACUCGGCGUCUAGUUUCACGUUGGUGUCGUCUUGUGUGCUGUAUGGACGGAGGAACUAAUAUUUUAUUAGUAACACAGACAUUCCCAAACUUUUAGAUGGAAAAAGGAGGCAUGUCUUUGGCUUCCACACUCCACUGGAAUUUAUUUUAAACACUGUAAUCAGUACAAACAAAACAAAUCAUCUUUAUAGUUGAAUUAUUACGAGUGAUGUGAAUUAUUUGGGUUAAAGUUUUACAGUGCUCAAACACGUGUUAUUCAUUUGCCUUGCUGCACCCCUGCAAUAGCGCCAUGUGUCCACUAGAGGGCAGUUUGGGACCCACUGCAGUAAUGCUAGAUUUUAAUGGUCGCAAUAUUUCAGCUUUAAUGCGUUUCAGUUUAUGAACUCGGCGUCUAGUUUUACGUUGGUGUCGUCUUGUGCGCUGUACAGACGGAGGAACUAAUAUUUAUUUAGUAACACAGUCGUUCCCAAACUUUUUCCUCAGUGCCCCCUUUUGUAGAUGAAACUGCGGGCACGAUUUUUGCUUCCAGACUCCACUGGAAUUUAUUUUAAAUGCUAUAAUCCAUACAAAAAUGCAACUUCUUAUUAAACAAAAGAAAAUAAAGUAUCAUUGUGUCUGAUGUAAAUUAUGUAGCCUAAUUUUUUACAGUGCUCAAACAUGCCUCAUUCAUUUGCCUUGCUGCGCCCCCUGCAAUAGCUCCAUGCGUCCUCUAGAGGGCAGUUUGGGAACCACUGCUGUAUUAAUAAAUUUAAGUUGCUAGAUUUUAAUGGUCACAAUAUUUCAGCUUUAGAAAAAGAAUUAUCAGUGUUUUAUUUAUUUUUUUACUUUUAAUGAUUAGUAUUAAUAGAAUUGACUUACUGCUGUAUGACACUGACAUGAUUAAAAAGUAAAUUAGACUUGAAUAGGUGACUUUUAUAGUCGCCUUAUUUUAUGGACUGUGUUGCAGCUUUUUAAGGACCAGCUUCACGUUUGGAAAAUGUCUGUAUGUAUGUAGAAGCUUUGUGCCCGGCGUCCAACAAACAAAUGUUUGCUGGCAAGCUGGAUAAAAUACUUACAUUUUAUGUUAUUAAAGCUUAUAAAUAAAUCAAACAUCUUCUAGCUUGUACUGAAUACCUACAGUGUGCUUUAGGUACUUUAAUUACUAAUAACUUGUGAGUGAUCAUUUUUUAGACUUUAGAUCUUUUGUCUUCUAUUUUUUUUGGAUGUAAGUGCAGUUUGAUGCACAACAGACCAGGACUGAAGAGCUGAAAAACAAACGAGGUGUGUCUGCAUAGCUGUAAUACAAACUGUCAGAACGUUCUUCACUUCUGUUACAUGUGUGUAAUAAAUGUACGUGUGUGUAUAUGAUUGUUCCAUUAUUUCUGUUUUUAUGUCACAGACAUAAAAUAAAAUAAAUAAAUCCACAAGCUGCAA